AGCUGGCUGGGUCGCCACAAUCGGCGGGGAGCAACGCACGCGGGGUUUUUUUGGGCUCUUCGACACGUGGCACGAUGGAACAGGCUUUGGCACCUUUGCGGGAGGCUGUGCGGAUGCAGGGCGACUUGGUGGCCCGGCUGAAGGAGCGAAGCGCCCCAGAGCUGGAGGUGAACCAGGCGGUCGCCGAGCUGAAAGUCCGCAAGAGAGCUCUCGAAAUGAAGGAGCUGUCCCUGCAGCCCAAAGACGACGUCGUUGACAGGGUCAAGAUGGACGACACCUUGAAGAGGAGGUUCUUCUAUGAUCAGUCUUUUGCUAUAUAUGGAGGUGUGGCCGGGCUGUACGACUUCGGGCCGGUGGGCUGCGCCCUGAAGAACAACAUCCUGCAGGUGUGGAGGCAGCACUUCAUCCAGGAGGAGCAAAUCCUGGAGAUCGACUGCACCAUGCUGACCCCGGAGCCCGUCCUGAAGACAUCAGGCCACGUUGACAAAUUUGCCGACUACAUGGUGAAAGACACCAAGACGGGAGAAUGCUUCCGGGCUGAUCACCUCCUAAAAGCCCACUUGAAGAAAGUGAUGUCCACGGAGACCUGCGCCCCCGAGAAGGUGGCUGAGAUGGAGGACGUGAUCACGCAGAUGGACAACUACACCCAGCAGGAGUUGGGCGGACUGUUCGUCAAGUACAACGUCAAGUCCCCCUCCACAGGAAAUGACCUCACGUCUCCCAUCUCCUUCAACCUCAUGUUCCAGACCUCCAUCGGGCCAGGAGGCAACACCCCUGGCUACCUGAGGCCAGAAACGGCUCAGGGAAUGUUCCUCAACUUCAAGCGACUCCUCGAGUUCAACCAGGGAAAACUCCCCUUCGGCGCCGCUCAGAUCGGAAACUCCUUCAGGAACGAGAUCUCGCCUCGCUCCGGACUCAUCCGCGUCAGGGAAUUCACCAUGGCCGAGAUCGAGCACUUUGUGGACCCCAACGAGAAAGUCCACCCCAAGUUCUCCAGCGUGGCCGACGUGGACAUCCUUUUGUACUCCUCCAAGGCUCAGACCAGCGGGCAGUCUGCGCAGGUCAUGAGGCUCGGAGAUGCUGUGGAGCAGGGGAUCAUCAACAACUCCGUGCUGGGCUACUUCAUCGGCAGGAUAUACUUGUACCUGCUCAAAGUGGGCCUGAGCAAAGACAAAGUGCGCUUCCGACAGCACAUGGAGAACGAGAUGGCGCACUACGCCUGCGACUGCUGGGACGCCGAGUCCAAAACCUCCUACGGUUGGAUCGAGAUCGUCGGGUGCGCCGACCGCUCGUGCUACGACCUCUCGUGUCACUCCAGAGCCACCAAGGUGCCUCUGGUGGCUGAGAAGCCCCUCAAGGAACCAAAGGUGGUCAACGUGGUGAAGUUCGAGCCCAACAGGGGCGCCGUCGGAGCGGCGUACAAAAAAGACGCCAAGCUCAUCUUCGACUACCUGGACGCGUGCGACGAGUGCUACAUCGACGACGGGGAGAAGCGACUCGACGAAAGCGGAGAGCUCAGCGUGUCGACGGAGGGCAAAACGUUCAAGCUUUCCAAAGAAAUGGUGGCCGUCAAGCGAUUCCAGAAGACGUUGCAUGUUGAGGAGAUCGUCCCAAACGUGAUCGAGCCGUCCUUCGGCAUCGGGAGAAUCAUGUACUCCAUCUUCGAGCACUCCUUCCACAUGCGGCAAGGAGACGAACAGAGGACGUAUUUCAGUUUUCCUGCCACCGUCUCCCCGUACAAGUGCUGCAUCCUCCCUCUGAGCCAAAACCAAGACUUUACGCCUUUUGUCCAACAACUGUCCGAGGCGUUGACCAGAAAGGGCGUGUCCCACAAGGUGGACGACUCGUCGGGAUCCAUCGGCAGGCGCUACGCCCGCUCCGACGAGAUCGGCGUGGCCUUCGGCGUCACCGUCGACUUCGACACCGUCAACAAGACGCCGCACACCGCCACCCUGAGGGACCGCGACUCCAUGAGGCAGAUCCGCGUCGAGGUGGAUGCCUUGCCCUGUGUGCUUUGGUCGCUGGCCAACGGCGCCACCGCGUGGCCUCAGCUGGAAGUGCAGUACCCCCUCUUUGAAGGGCAGGAGACCAGCAAGAAGGAGUGACUGAUGAAAAUGCUCAUCACGGAGCCUUAACAUUUUUUACAUAGCUAGAAGACAUAUUAAAGGAAUCGAACACUAAUUAUGAACUGUUUUUCUACACGACGUGUGCCGGGUAAGGUCCCCUGCGGCGCAUUACUCAUUUAAAAAAAAAUAAAAACAAUUCCCAAAUGGAAGUGUAGCAGUAGCACCUGCCGUUGUUGUUAUUUUUAUACCUCG